AUUUCACCCAGCAGUGGUUUAGGACUGGGACUAGUUCGAAUAGGUUACUUUUGUAUUGUGUAUCUACUUUGGUUUCAUUUCGGCAUCAUCACAGGU